AUGGACGUAACAUACUCACCAUCAGAUGUCGUUUGGCAGAAAGAUGUUCACUGGUGGAAUGGAAGCACGUGGCUGAAUAACACGUUGAAGAACGUCACAAAACACAAGACAAGGGAUGAAGAGUUGGCCAAAAUAGAAAUUGCGGUACUGGCAAUUAUUUUGGUGCUGGCAAUUUUCGGCAAUACUUGUGUCCUCUUAGCUCUGAGCAGAAAACGAACGAAUGUGUCUCGGAUGCAUAUAUUCAUUAUGCACCUCAGCAUUGCGGACCUACUGGUCGCCAUCUUUAACGUCUUGCCUCAGAUGCUUAAUGAUAUCACAUUCCGAUUUCAAGGAAACGACUCUUUGUGUCGAUUUGUAAAGUACAUGCAAGUCGUAGUAAUAUAUCUCUCUACAUAUGUGUUAGUCAUGACGGCAGUGGAUCGCUACAGGGCAAUCUGCUUCCCGUUGUCGAACCACUCAUGGACUGCUAGGCGAGUGCACUUGAUGGUUGUUGGAGCUUAUUUUAUUGCUUUCACUCUGAGUACGCCGCAAUUAUUCUUGUUCCACUAUGGACGUACAGUUACCGGCGAAAUGGAUUGCUUGGCAAACUUCGACCCCUUUUGGUUGGUUAACGUUUACGUCACGUGGUUUACGGCAGCCGUGUACAUCGUUCCUUUACUCAUUUUGACGUUUGCAUAUGGCUCAAUUUGCUACACGGUAUGGUUGCGCUCCAGACAACAAAAGUCCGCCAGCCACCCUGCCAAAGUCAUCCACGAGGUACAGUACAAAAGUACGGCAAGCACGUUGAAUUCUGCUGCUGAAAUUUCCAACCGUGUCCACAGGAAAGAUGUCCAUCCCAGAAGCCAUUCAUGCAGGGGAUUCUCACGUGCGAAAAUCAAAACAAUCAAGUUGACUUUCGUUGUCAUUUUGGCCUACGUUAUCUGCUGGUCGCCGUUUUUCAUUUCUCAGUUAUGGUGGCUGUACGACGAAUCCGUCGCUGAAAAGCAGUACGCCGUCAUCAUGAUGCUGCUGGCAAGUCUUAACAGUUGUUGUAACCCAUGGAUAUACCUGGCAUUCAGUGGAAAUCUUCUCUAUCAUAUCAUACCUUGUAAAUCCUUAAAACCACAACGGAAAUCGACCCAGUUCACCACGCAGCCAACGGGACAAUCCAAAUCCAGGAAAGACGGUGAUUCCAUUGAAAUGCCAAUUCUGGAGGGCCGGGGAUCGCUCACGGGGCAGUCUAGUCGAUUCACUCGCUUAACGUCUUUAAAAUGGGAAGUGAAUUCCAUCGAAUCUUCUUCCCCGAAAAAGAGUCCCUCUCCUCGAAGUUCUUCUCUAAAGAGCCUCGUGUCUCCGCAUGUGAACCGAAAGUUCCAAGUGAGGGAGUUGAACGCCGACAGGGAAGCCACAUCGGGGAUGAUGAUAUCCGAGAACACGGCAGUUUUACCCAUGAGAAACGGACAAAAACAAUGUUUGCUUGGGGAAACGGAUUCUUUAGAAUCUGUGCAUUCUGCUGCCGUUUAA